CAUCAAUUUCUCUGCUAGUGCAACCCAGAGAGCUAGAUCUGAGGGGAGGGGGAGGAAAACACCCAGCUGUCUUCCCCCUCAUUUCUCUCUUCCCCCUUUUUUUCUCUCUUUCCUCCCUUUAUCCCUUCAGUUGUCUCUUUUAGGUUUCCUUCUUUGCCUCUUCCCCACCCCUCCCUCUUCCCCACACAUUUGCUUCCCCUCCUGUUCCCCAUGUGAGAUCACCUAUUGUUACAAUUCCUCUUCCCCCCCAAAAAAAUCUUUCAUUUGUUUCACCUUUGAUAUCCUUUGCCACCCUCCCCAUUUAUUUUCCACCCCUCCUUUUCCUCUGCGGGCAACGAAGGAAGACAAUCCAUGAGAAUGAAAGGCAGGUAGCGGCGAGCCAAGCGGUAACACAUCAACUUAAGGAUGCGGGCAACACAGCCUCUUGGGCGCUGCGACCAUUGUUCCUGCUGCCUCCUGCUCCAUUCCAUCAGUUCUGAUGUCUGAAGCCCAUCGUGCCUGUCCUCCCCCUGCUUUGCUGGGGCAGCCAAUUUCUCUCCCCGUCCCCCUGCACCUGCGUCUUGAGACCCCUCCCCGCCUCCCUUCCCCUCCUUCCUGAUCCAUGAUUCCAGACUACCCCUAAGAUGCUAAGGCAAGGCCCUUUCCUUCUCCUGGCUGCGUCCAUGUCGUAUUUCAACCCGGAGAAAGCUUUGGCAGCGCCUUCGGAAAAUGACGGAUUAUCUCAGGGCCGGGCUCCCCUGGCCCCUCCCUAUGCUGUGGUUCUGAUCUCCUGCUCAGGCUUGUUGGCCUUUAUCUUCCUUCUCCUCACCUGUCUGUGCUGCAAGAGGGGUGAUGUGGGUUUCAAGGAAUUUGAAAACCCUGAUGGAGAAGAAUACUCUGGAGAGUAUACACCACCUGCAGAGGAGACAUCUUCCUCCCAAUCCAUCCCAGAUGUCUACAUUCUGCCUCUUUCUGAGGUUUCACUCCCAUCUUCCAAUCAACAGAUGCCCAAAACAGAUUUAGUGAAACACUUGGGUCUCAGUAGACAACACCUCAGUUAUCUGCAGGAGAUUGGAAAUGGCUGGUUUGGAAAAGUUAUUCUGGGUGAAAUAUUCUCAGAUUUCACCCCUGCACAGGUGGUGGUGAAGGAGCUGCGUGUAAGUGCCGGACCACUGGAGCAGAGGAAGUUCUUGUCAGAGGCCCAGCCUUAUCGAAGCCUCCAGCACCCAAACAUACUACAGUGCCUCGGCUUAUGCACAGAAACUAUACCCUUCCUCCUGAUCAUGGAAUUCUGCCAACUGGGAGAUCUGAAACGUUACUUGCGAGCUCAACGCAAAGCAGAUGGAAUGACUCCUGAUUUACUGACACGUGACCUCAGCACAUUGCAGCGCAUGGCUUAUGAAAUCACACUGGGAGUGCUACACUUGCAUAAAAACAAUUACAUUCACAGUGACCUGGCACUUCGGAACUGCUUGCUGACCUCAGAUCUCACAGUGAGGGUUGGGGAUUAUGGCCUGUCACACAACAACUACAAGGAAGAUUAUUAUAUCACUCCGGACCGACUCUGGAUCCCAUUGCGUUGGGUUGCCCCAGAAUUGUUGGAUGAGAUGCAUGGAAAUCUCAUUGUUGUGGAUCAGACCAAGGAGAGCAAUGUUUGGUCAAUGGGGGUGACCAUCUGGGAACUGUUUGAAUUUGGCUCCCAGCCUUACCGGCAUCUUUCCGAUGAGGAGGUGCUGACUUUUGUCAUCAAGGAACAGCAGAUGAAACUGGCCAAACCUCGCCUUAAGCUUCCUUACUCAGACUAUUGGUAUGAGGUGAUGCAAUCAUGCUGGCUACCAGCUUUUCAUCGCCCAACUAUGGAAGAGCUGCACUUGCAGGUGAGCUACCUGUUGAAUGAGCGCUCCAAUGCUCAGGCAGAGGAGAGUUUUGAGUGGCGCUGGAGUGCCCUGAAACCCAUGCGUUCCUCUUCCCCACCACCGGCCUCCUCUUCUUCAGCACGUCAUCACUGCCCAUCAGAAGAGAUCUCAGCCUACCCACUCCUGGAUGGAUUCCAUGGUGGAGACAUGGAUGACAUCCUGACUGUGACUGAAAGCAGUGGAGGGCUGAACUUUGAGUAUAUGUGGGAGAAGGCCCGGCUGGGGCGAUGGAAGGGCCCUGCCUCAGCACCACCAGAAUACCCCUCCAGCAAUGGUGGGCUAGCUGUGCCUGGCAGCAACCCUUUUUAUGAACAGGCAGUACACCGUGGACACAGUCUGGAGACACCCAGCGUUGUGCCUGUAAUCAGCGCCCGCAGCCCUUCCGUCAGCAGUGAAUAUUACAUUCGCCUGGAGGACCACGGUAGUGGUGAAGGGCCAGUCUGUGCCCCCAGCCCUGGUUCAGCAUCACAGCCACUCUUUGCCUCUGAUUGGGAUUGCCACAAUGCCCCUCUUCGGCCAGCAGAGCAGUCCAAUACUAACCCUUUCUUGACUGGUGGCAGCGGUGAAAGCAAUCCUUUCCGUGUUGAUGGUGAGAUCCAAGAGACGUCACUGACAGAGACACCAACCACAGAAAGUGAAGCGUUCCUUGCAGAAUCCUUGCUCACUGUGUAUCGUGAGUUGGAGGAUCAACAGCGUAACUGGGAUGCUGAGAUGAUGGAAGAACGAGGGGCAGGGGAGACUCUUGCUGGGGACCCCUCAGAGUUCCAGGGGUCACCUUCCUGGGAGCAGGAACCUUCUCUGAUGGAGGACCAGAGUUCUGGCAGUAGCACUGAUGAUGGUGGAAGCAGCAUUGGAGGAGGGCGGCGCAACCUUCUGCCCUGUCCCCUGUGCACUCGGGCCCGUUGCACAUGUGCCAUCCCUCGAGGGGAUGUGGUAAGCAGUUGGAGCAACCAUGGCCCACCUUUGAGGCGUCCUCACCGGGACAGCUACGGCACUGAGGAUGACUCCUCACUCAAAGUGGAGCGGGGCUCCCUAUCUGACUGUUCUAUAGUACCUCCUAGAGACUGUGAUGGAGAUACUGGGGAGCACAGUGAAUUUUAUGACCCACUUAUGGGCACAGCUGUGAAGACCUAUGAACUUCAAGAUUACCCAAAGCAGAGAGGUGGGGGAAACAUCCGUCCACCUGGGUCACCCUUUCCAACUAUGUCAUCCGGAUGCUGCAAUGUGAUUGUCCCUGUUGAGAUACCACCAUUAUCUACUCUAGCUGAGACUAAUGAUGAGGAGACUAUUGCAAUUCUCCCAGAAGCUGUUGAUGGAUUUUCAGCUGGCCCUGCAACCCUGAGCCUCUCCCCCGCAGCACCUGAUCGGCAAAGAGGAACCCUAGACUCUGUAGAUUCCUUGGACAUUCCUUCUAAUACCAGUUCCUCAGAUGUCUGCAGCCCAGCCUCCCACUACUCCUCUCCAGGGCAAAAAUUUGGGGACAGUGGUUAUGAAACAGAGAGCACUUUUUCACCUGAGUUUAUAUUUAAAGAGGAAUCACCUCCUUCACCUUCUGGAGAAGAGGAAGAAAUAGAGGCAGAAGAUGACUCUGGCAAACUGCCAGCAACACCCAUCUCUCAGUCCACUAGCGAUCUUACACUCUCAGUAAGUGAAGAAGGGACUGAAAUUGAAGAAGAGGUAGGCAGGAGCUUGGGGCUUACAAUCCCUCACCGUGAUUCUGCUUACUUCUCUGAUGGGGAGGCCGAAUCCUCUGAGGCACCAGUUGUAACCAGAACUGAGGAAGAAAAGCCUUCAGAGAAGACAAUAGUAGAGGGAGGCUUUGUGGUUCAGGUGUGCAAAGAACAGUUAUUGGUCACACUGCAAGAGAAUGUCACACGGAAUCUACUUUGUAGCCAGAAGGUGCCAAAAUUGGGCUUUUCACCAAUUGCCUCCUUAAAAGAUCAGGCCAUUGUCAAGCUUUGGAGCCUGCAGCCAGAAGAGAGACAGCAAACUGGGGAAGAGGAAGAGAAGGAAAAGGAAAGAGGAGGAGAAGAAAAAGAAGAAAGAGAAAGAGAGGAAGAAGAGAAUGAUGAAAAAAGCCACCUUGAGGAAACAGUGCAUUUCCAGUGGUCAGAAAGUGUAGAAGAUAAAGCAGAAGAAGAGGAAGAGGAGGAAGAAGAAAAGCAGCAGCAGAAGGAAGGAACUGGAGAAUCUGAAGAGAAGCAGCUUGAAUGGAAAGAAGAAGAAAGGAAGGAAAGAGAGAAAGCUAUCCAUACUGAGAUCCAAAGUGAACCCAUGGCCAACGUGGAACAAUCACAGGAUCCUCAGGAAGACACUUAUGUAGCAAAUGACCAGCUUAAAAAGGAACGAGAGCUUGGGGUCCCUGUGAAUCAAGCCAGUGAAGAUAUCAAAGCCAAGCUAUCCCGUUUGUCUCUGUCACUGCCACCACUGGCUUUGCAGACGUUUCCCCCGCCUGGCGGAGCAAGGAAAGGACCAUUUUGGGAAGGAACCGCUUUGGGGGAGGGUCCAGCUCUGGGAGGGAGAGAAGUUUCCCUAGGAGCAGAAGAGGAAGAGGAAGAGGAUGCUGAAGAAGAUGAGGAAGGAGGCGUGGCUGGAAGCGGAGGGAGGGGUGUGCCCAUUGUGGUGAGUGAAAGUGAUGAUGCCCGCAACUUGCGUGGUCUUCUCAAGUCACCCCGCUCAGCGGAAGAGGCAGCGGCUGAGUUUGACCGCAAGCGGAAGAUGGUCUCCUUCUUUGAUGAUGUCACCGUCUACCUCUUUGAUCAGGAGACACCAACCAAUGAACUGAGUUCACAGGGAGCCCCCGAUGGUGAUACCCCUUCUCCUGGCUCAGCAGCAGAACCGGGACUUGAUGCUUUCCCACCAGCUGAUGGCUUCAGUGGCAGUUUUGAGUGGGACGAUGAUUUCCCCCUCAUGGCUCAGAACCCUUCCUAUGUCUCCAUGGUGUCAGACCCCAGCACAGCCCAGUUACACCCAGUACUUUCUUCACCAGUGCCCAUGACACCUGCCUUGCUGCCAUCAGCCAAGCGGGCUGAGUCCAACCUCGUGGACACCCUGAGAUUCUCUCGCUUCACUGUUUCUCCUGCCCUAGAGCCACAUCGGCCUCCAUCCUGUGAUACUGAAUUGGUACCCACAGCUGAUGCAAUUGAGAACUGAGAAUUAAUGGAAAUUGGACAAUCCUGCCUCCUGUCAUCUCAACAUUCAGGGACAGCACCCAGUCAUCUAGUUGACCUGCUGAUACCAAGCUACCACACAUCAAUUUUCUGCAGUGGGUAGACUGACAGAUGUGUGUGUGUGUGUGUGCGUGUGUGCGUGUGUGUGUGUGUGUGUGUGCGCACGCGCACACGUGUGUAUUUGCGUGCACAGCACGGGGCCAUUAUUGCUAACUAGAACCUGACGUAUGUAGACUUCUGCUCUCUUUCUGCUCACUGACACAUCCCUGCCUGGGGAGGCAGAGAAGCAGAAUUUUUGUACAAACAGUCUCAGGCCUCCAUAUGAUGAGGAAGAUAUCUCCUCAAUGCUUGAGGCCUCUGCUCUGCACUGGCUUUUGAAUGUAUAACCCCUGUCCCCUUCCAGCCUCCCUUCCACUCUCUGAUAUGUUCCUUCUAAGGACCCACUGUGCCAAAUUGAGAGGGUUGGGGGUGGGAGGGGAGGAACCAAUCUUCAGGAAGUUGCGUACAACUGCUCAUGAGCCCUUCUGUAUUUCAUCAUCUGCAAUCUUGUAAUAUGGAAAAUGGCUACCAUGUCCUUUUAUGCCAAAUGGAACUGAAUAGGGCUGGUGACCAUCUCCAUUUAACCAGCAUUAUAUUCAUAAAAAAGACCACUCUGUUGAAAGACAGAAUUAUACUGGCAAGAUGGAGUAAUCAAAAGCUGUAAAGUUAUAGGGACCUUGGGUAGUGAGAGUUGGAUGGGUGGGUAUCCUUUGUUCACCAUUCAUUCAUUUCUGAAGUGAUAAGGAAAAACAGAAAAUUGGUCACAUCACUCAUUUGUAGUGACCAGAUAAUUGAUAACCAUUGAUUCAUUGUGGGAACUCCCUUCAUAUUGUCUUCACAGCUCAAUGCAUGCAUUGAACUGGGAAAAUCAUUCCUAAUUCAUAAUCCGUGUUGGAGAUGGUUGGCUUUUAUUCGGAGUGGCCGGUUCUGACUUUCUCAGUCCCCCACUGGUUUGUUUUAGAGGUUAAUAAAUGUCUUUUGGGACCUGUUCAAAUGACAAGGACUUUCAAAGAAUGGAAAAGUCUAUCUCUUGUGCCAAAAACCACAGUGUGGAGAGGAAAUGGGUUGGACUGCAAAAGCUCAAGCAAUUCUAUGGAGAUUCCUACUCUGUGGGCAUUUUGAGGGGAAACCCCUCUCUCUUUAUCUGCAGAACAUUGUGGCCAGAUGGGAGAUUACAAGCAGCAAUGAAGAGUGCUUAACCCUGGUGAAGGAAGAGGAGGAAUGGAAGAUUAGGCUUAAGCACCCAAUUCUACUGGCUGAUUUAACUGAGUGUCUUCCAGGUGUGUGUUCAAUACAUCUGGAAGACACCAGUCUUAAAACCAAUGCCUGUGUUGGCCAAGAAUAGUGGUUGAGGUCAUCUUAACGUAUCUGGAGUGCUUCUUGGUGGGAAAUAUGGUUUAGAUCAUUCUUCAGCCUGCAAAUGGCAUGUUAUAGGUUGGUUUUCAGCCUGUUAAGAAGCAGCCAGGAUGGACCAAGUUGAAUGAGCCCUUACUGACUCUAAACCUUAAUUAACUUUAAGGCAAUAGUUUCACUUUUGAUUUAGUUUAUAACAGAGAAAUGUGAGUUUUCAUAAUUGCUCUUAGUUUUAGCCAUGGUGAUGAAAGAGGAGAGUUGAUAAAUGCCUAGGGGAAAAUGCAACAAGAACCAAAAUGUGGGAGAGACAUCUGCAAUCUGGGCAUGACUUGAUUUAUGGGGAUGGCAAUUGCUGAUGUCCUUUCUGAUUUGUGUUGAAAUAAUAGCUGCAAUAUUCUCCUCUUGUUCUAUAAUCUUAGCAGGAAAACAACUAUUAGCUGGUUCCUUUGGCAAGCUGAUGUGUUGACAAGAACAAAAUUAUUUUAGUGGAAUCCCCAAGCUUUGGACUCUGGGUAUUUUAAAUCAGCUGUUUCUUUCUUGAAGAUCUUAAGGCUAGUUAUCUACAGAACAUUUCACCAUACUGUACGGUGUUCAGUGAAUUAUGUAUGGUAUUUUACUAAGGACGUCCAGAACUAUCAACUAAAUCAGGCUUUCCCAACCUUGGGAAUUUCCAGGAGUGUGGACUUCCAACUCUCAGCAUGCCAGAGCCAAUAUGACCAUUGAUGAGAAUUCUGGGGGUUGAAGUCCACAUUCCUGGAAAUUCCCAAGGUUGGGAAACACUGAAUUAAAUAGAUAAGUUUGGGAGCAAACUGUUUAUAGCACCUAUUUCCCCAUUUCCAGCACUGACAAUGCUAAGCAAACUACAAGCUUUUCAAGUCCUCAUUCUAUUUACUAGUCUCUAAAUGUUUUAUGGACACUACCUAUGCCUCCAUCUGAUGAUAUCUUUUGUGAGAGAUUUAAGGCAGCUUUGACCACUUAAUGCUUUCCAGAUGUGUUAGAACUCUUAGCCAGCACAGCCUGGAAAUUCUGGGAACUGCAGCUCCAUUACAACUGGUAGUAAUCCCAAUUAGGUUUUCCUUUCAGAAGUUUUUCUCCUUCUCUAAAGAUUCAAUUGCUUUUGGAAUUUUUAGAAGCAGUGGGCAUAAAGUAAGAAAGGUGUUGUAGGGUUACAUACCACCUUACAACAUGUUAAGCAGAUGCUUGAUCCACUUAACUUGCAAAUUGAAAGGAAGAGUGGGUUUACUGGCUUUGGUUGUGUUUCACUGCCGUGCCCUUUUCAAAAGUGCCGGGUUUUUCAAUAACAACUUCAUUACAAAAUUAGAAUCCCGAGCCUGCUCCAGGGUCUUGCAGCAGGUGGCAAGAUCCUUCCACACUUUGUCCACGAGUGUAAAAGAAGUGCCUGUCAAAUGCUUGAGCAGCAUCUGUAUUAUCUCAAGAACAUCAAGACUGGAAACUGGCUGGUUUCGCAUGGCAUCAGGCCUCCGCAUUCUGCCUUUUGGUGGUGGGCAGUGUGGACAUUUUGAUUAUCUAGCUUCCAUUCUUGCCAUGAUAGAAACAUUUUCUGUGAUCAUGGCUUCCACCUUGGUACCAUAUAUUCCAUUUUUAUAGAUUCUGAGGGAAACAGAAGUUUGGAUACAAUAUCAAUAACCCCCCCCCUUCCUGUUGCCAUUUGUAGCACAGAAUAAAGGGAUGAUCAUCUUUAGUGAAUGCUCUGUUAAAAUGGAAGAGUCUUCUUUUUUUGGGGUGGGUGGAUGUUUUGUUUAUAAAGAAAGUGGUAUUCUUUAAAGACUGGUGGGAGAAAUGGAAUAAUAAAUACACCUAUGACUAUU